GGGCCAGGCUCCGAGAUGGCCUCGCAGCCAGCGUGCGCCCCCAGCUGCCCGGAAACCCCGGACGAGGGCGGGAAGGCAAAGGUGCCGCUGCCCCCGGUCAGCUCCGGCGACCUCGAGCGGCCGCCCCACGAACUGCCCUGUGCGGCCCCGGUCAAGGCCUACGGGCGCUUAAAGCUGUCGAUGCUGGAGGCUCGGCAGGGCCGGCCGCUCGCUCCCGUCGACUCCCUGGGACUCACCCGGGCCUCCCCGCCACCCGAGGAAGAGCCGACGCCUGAGAGGAAGUUCUGGGGCGACCAGGAGACCCUCUCCAAGAUCCCAUUUAAAAUUAUGAAGGGACACCAGCACAUUGUCACUUCCUGUAACUUCUGUGUGGAUGACACAAAGCUCCUCAGUGGGUCCUAUGACUGUACUGUGAAGCUGUGGGAUGCUGUGGAUGGCUCGGUGGUCCGGGAUUUUGAGCACAGGCCCAAAGCUCCUGUCUUAGACUGCAGCGUGACGGCCGACAGCAGAAGAUUUGUCACAGCGUCCCACGACAAAGCGGUGAGGGCUUGGGACCUUGAGACAGGCAAGCUGCUGUGGAAGAUCAAACACAAAACCUUCAUAGCCUCCUGUAAGCUUUCUCCCGACGGCAAGUACGUGGUCUCGGCCUUGGACGUGGACCGCGGAAUCUGUAUAACAGAUGCGGAAACUGCCACCACCGUGUCCUACGUCAAAAAUCAUCACGCCCGCUCUCUCACCGCGUGCUGCUUCGACUCCGACAGCCAGAAGGUGGCUUCUGUCUCCCUGGACAAAAACAUCAAGAUCUGGGAUCUUGCGUCCCAGGCCACGCUGCUCAGCAUCACCAAGGCUCAUUCCAGUGCAAUAUCAAACUGCUGUUUCACCGUCAGUGGCCAUUUCCUAUGUACAAGCUCUUGGGAUAAAACCUUAAAAAUAUGGAAUGUGCACACAGGGGAGUUUCGAAACUCUGGAGCCUGUGUGACUCUAAUGCAGGGCCAUGAAGGUUCUGUGAGCUCCUGCCACUUUUCCAGAGACACCUCUUUUCUCGUGUCUGGAGGGUUCGACAGGACCGUGGCCAUCUGGGAUGUAGGAGAAGGCUACCGGAAGCUCUCCUUGAAGGGCCACAGUGACUGGGUGACAGACGUUGCCAUUAGCAACAACAAGAAAUGGGUCCUGUCUGCUUCAAAGGUAAACGUGGCCAAUCUUCGGGACAGGACGGUGAGACUGUGGAAUAUUGAAGAAAUUGACCAAAUUCCUAUGGUAAUCAAGUACAAAAAGGCCCUGGGCUUAAAGGUGAAACAGUGUGAAGUAUGUGAGAAGCCUUUCUCCACCUACGAAAGUGACAUCUUUUCUGAAACAGUCACCAAAUGUGUGUUCUGCCGAAUGAGCGAGGACUUGUCAGCAGAAGCCUUGUCAGCAGAAGCCUUGUCAUCAUCCUCAGGAGGGGAAGAUAUACGGUCAAGGGAGUGCAGCCUGGGCACAGACGACUGACGGCCAUUGGGCCUGCUGGCUGGCUUGAGUAAGGUGACCUGUCACGCAGGGACCUCCGGCUAAGGCCCCCGCCCUGGCCCCGGAGGUGGGCGGUCACACCGGGGCACAGCGUCAGCUCCACAGCGCGCUGGGGAAUCACACACCUUGUUCUUAGUUUUCACACAGAAUAAAUAUCUAGAUUCCUUUCGAAAACAA